CCUAAUACAAACGGAUCCGUAGCUAUUUCCCGCUCGCAUUUAACUUAAUUGAUAGGACAUAGAAAAGGGGCAAGUGAAGCAACAGCAUAGGAGCAGCAAAGUUUCUCCUUCACAGUUCAGUUUCAGCUCUUUUUCACCACCUCUCUUCUCUCUCAUUCUAUAUGUCUUCAAGCUUCAAACUUUCUUUCUCAUCUGAAAUUGAAUGGCUAGGUCUUGGCUUAUCGAUAGUAAAGGAAUUGCAAGUAAAGUGAAAAAUGCCCCUCAUUUUUCUUCUUAUCAAAUUAAAGAUUGUGGUGCGAGUCGGGAGUGUCCUAAUUGUCUUCACCGGAUUGAUAAUAGCGAUGUUGCAGUUGAAUGGCCAGGCUUUCCAGCUGGUGUCAAGUUCGAUCCAACAGAUGCAGAGCUUCUAGAACAUCUAGCUGCAAAACUUUCUCCUGGAAAUUUGAAGCCUCAUACAUUUAUUGAUGAGUUCAUUCCUUCGAUUGAGUCACAGGAAGGAAUCUGCUAUACACACCCUAAAAAUCUUCCUGGUGCGAAGAAAGAUGGAAGCAGUGUCCAUUUCUUCCACAGAACUUCGAAAGCAUAUGCCACAGGUCAUCGCAAGCGCCGCAGGAUCCAUGGAGAACUCAGUUCAACAGAAGAGCAUGUCCGUUGGCAUAAGACAGGCAAAAAGAAGCCUGUGGUCCAUAAUGGUAUUCAGAAAGGGUUUAAGAAAAUUAUGGUUCUCUAUAAGAGUUCAAUAAAGGGGUCAAAACCAGAUAAGUCUAAUUGGGUGAUGCAUCAGUAUCAUCUAGGGACCAAUGAAGAAGAAAUGGAGGGCGAAUUUGUUGUUUCUAAAAUUUUCUAUCAACAACCACCAAAGCAUACAGAUACGGGAGAUAUCCAGACUACUCCAAGCACCCCGAAUACAAAUACGCCAGAUCCUCCUCGGCCUGAGAAGCGUGCAAAAUUGAACGAGCUUGAUAAAGAAAAUAUAGGAUAUCCUUCUGUCCACCAGGAUGUAGAAGUUAGUUCCAAAUCACUUCAACUUCCUGCAGAAGUUGUUUGCUUUGGGGUUGAGAGAUCAACUGCUGCAUGGUGGGCUGGUGAAUCUCAAGCUGUGGAGAAUCCUGAUCCAGAUGGCAUAGACAUUUCAUUGUUGUGUCAUGAGAACCAUGAGAUCCUUAAUGAGUCGGGAAUUAAGAAGGUUUCAUGUUUGUCAGACUGGGAUCGUAACAGGAAUGAUAAUGGAGAUCUAAGUACAGCCUUUGGACUCGCGGAUCUGGAUAGCUUAGCUCUUGGCACGCCUCCUGAAUUUGAGCCUGGUGACUGGCAGUUUGGAUCGCAGCAAAGCUUUACGAGUUGGUUUGACCGCUUGUAGACAAAUGGGGUGGACUAUGGAGCCAAAGCUCACUGAGUUUAUUAUAGGAAUGCCGAAUCCAAUUUUGUUCAUCCUCUCCUGUGGUGGAUUCUCUUUCCUCUUUAUGCCAAAUUUGUGUCUUAAGUUGAUGUCAAUCAGCAACUCGAGUACUAGGAGAGACCCAUGUCACGCUAUCUCAAAGACGUAAAUUACUUGGCCAGCUGCUACGGAAGAUUUUAGUAGAACUGCAAGUAUUUGGGAAAACCCUGUCUUGCAGACAAUGACACAUCUGAUGACCCUUUCUGCCUGUUUAUGAUCUUUUUCCAAUUCUGUGCUAUUUAUGGUGUCUGUGUCUGUAACACUAAUGGCUCUUGCCAGAUAACUGUAGUUGUUACAUUUGGUUGUUUGUAUCUCCUAGUCGAGGAACUAUUUCCAAUUUC